AUGGCGACGGCGAAGAAAACCAAGAAGACCCAUGAGAGCAUCAACAACAGGCUCGCUUUGGUGAUGAAGAGCGGAAAAUACACACUCGGUUACAAAACCGUCCUCAAAACCCUUCGCAACUCCAAAGAUAAUGUUGAUUUGGGGACUGCUUGUGGAAAGUACUUUCGUGUUUCGUGCGUAAGCAUCGUUGAUCCAGGUGACUCAGAUAUCAUUAAGUCAUUGCCCGGCGAACACUGA